CAGAGCAGCACAAAGUGAAGAUGAAGAAGAGAUUUUUAUUCGCUGUAGCUAUGAUUUAGUUUAUGUUAUAUCUUAACUGAGAUAUUUAGUAGGUUUUUAUUUUGUCUCUCCAUGUUCAGACAAUUCCAGACAAACUGACCGUGAACGCAUCACCGUGACGGAUGACUGAGUAAAAACACUGCACUUUGUCCCAUCUGUUUUAUUUUCAUUUUUUCUUGAAAUUCGCUUUUGUUUCGGAGCUCAGCUCUUCAAACUCGCACAUGGAGUCCGCAGAUGGUCAGCGGGGGCGGUACAGUGGCAGUCAGAGACGUUCCCCUUUCGACCUCAUCAUGAACCAGAUCCGCAGGAAGCGCACAGCCUCAGACAGGAAGCCGCUGGGACGCUUCCUGUCUCGAGACCGGACAGGGAUCCCUGAGGAUGGAGAGGUGGAGGAGAAAGGACAGAGCUCAGGUGUUGCUGAGGCAGCAGAGAGUGAGUGUGACGUCGGCUGGGGUCGAGUGGGUGCGUUCCUGCAGCGGUUGGGGAAGAAAGCCGACAGCAGGAGCCUCAGUCUGGCUCACUGUGACCUCACUGCUACAGACCUGCUGGAGCUAGCAACGCUGCUCCAGUUUCUCCCCCAGCUGGAGGAGAUGGACAUCUCCUGGAACGAGCUGAUUGGCGGAUGUCUGAGAGCGCUGACCUCUCACCUCCAGCAUGUUAGCAGGGUGAGAGUGCUGAGGCUCUGCAGCUGCAGGCUGAACGCUGAUGAUGUUGCUGCACUGGGUGAAGCUCUUGGUUCCAUCCCUCUCUUGGAGAUCCUUGAUUUGUCCUGGAACAGUGGCAUUGGGGGCGGCACUUUGCAAGGCCUGCUGGGUAAACUUCACCCACCACUGAGGGAGCUCCACCUGGUGGCCUGCCAGCUCACUGAGGCUGAUGCUGCUGUACUGGGAGGAAUGGUGUCUGCUCUCCCCAGACUCUGUGUGUUGGAUGUCUCCUGUAAUCCUCAGCUCACACAGGAAGUCAAUGCCGACGGCUUCAGAGAGCUGGCCUCCUCUCUCUCUCACGCCACCUCCCUCACCACACUGCGACUGCAGGCCUGCGGUCUGACUGCAGACAGCCUCGAUGCUCUCGGUGGUUCGCUCCACUGCCUCCCCUCAGUGCGAGAGUUGGACCUGUCCUGUAACAAAAGUCUAACCGGAGGGCUGGACCGCCUCACCCUCCACCUGGCUCACCUCACACACCUGGAGAGCCUCGACCUCCAUCUCUGCUGUCUCACACACACUGACCUGGAGGCCCUGAUCCAGGUGCUUCCCUCUCUGACGGCACUGAUGGAGCUUGAUGUGUCGUCCAAUAAGGAGGCAGGGAGCGUGGUCCACCCGCUGGUCUCCGCCCUCCCUCUGACACAGAUGAGGCGUCUGCCACUCAACAGCUGCAGCCUCAACCAGGAGUCCUUUACUGCUCUGGCUCUGGCCAUGCCGUACCUGCGCAGUGUGGAUGUGUCCUGGUGUAUAGUGGUUGGUGGUCAUUUAGCGUUGCUCCUGGAUGCUUUGCAGCCGUCUGUCAUCCUGGAGCUCCGCCUCAGCAGCUGUGAGCUCACCACUGAUGACCUGCAUCACCUAGCUGCAGUGUGCAGACGUGGCUGCCUGUCCUCUCUGCGGGUGUUGGAUCUGUCCUACAACGGCUUGGUGGGAGAUGAUGGCUGGUCCGCCCUGUUUGCUGCAGGAGGCCUGGGCUCACUGGAGGACAUCGACCUCAGCUUACGACCAUCGACCUUCGCUCCCUGUGCAGCCUGGCUGCCGGCGCUGCUCUGUGCCUUGCCUCGGCUUUCUGCGCUGACUCACUUGGCGGUGCAGCGGUGGACUAUCGGCUCUCGGGACAGAAAGCAGCUGGACCACUGCUUGAGGAAGAGGAGCGUCCUGCUGGAGUGGGAUCCACCAAGUAAAGACACAACGGCAUCAUUUAAGGCGACCAAUCAGGAGAGUCCUGAGGAGUAGGGAUU